UGUCGUUUUUGUAAUUUUAUAAGUAUUUUAAUUAUAUUUUGGUGUUAGGUGAAAUGUUAAAAUUGUAAUGUUAAUAUCAUGAGUAAAAUAAAAUUACCGCGAUGGGGGUACGAUCGUGUGUUUUAUUGUUUUAUUUAGUUCUCUUGACGUCAAAUGUGUUUGGAGUGUGGCUAGCGCAAACAGAACCAGCAACCACCGACAGGCGUCAGAGCAGGCUGGUGAAGCGGCAGGAUGAUAUGGCCGAUACAUGCAGUAAAGUCAAGUCCACACCUAGGGAUAUAGUGAGACGUGUUUAUGCGAUAAUGCCGUAUUUCGAUAAAGACCACGCGAAUACGGCGUUCCUACACAAGUACCGUGCGACUAUCCACGGCAUGUCAGAGGGAGAGGACCUGUUGGAUAGAGAGGCAGCACUCUACGCCUCUAUACUGACACCAUUGGUCUUCUUGCAACAAUAUAGAGAUACGUGGUGUCUGUUGGAAAGAUUUCACCGAGCUGUUCGUCUUUAUCAAAUAUCACAUCCGACUGAGAAGAGAUCGUCCCUGAAACUGUUGCAGAAUUUCAGGGCUGUCAACCAAAAGAUCAGAUCAUUUAUAAUGGAGCUGCCGGGGCGUAGAGUUGUGUCGAGAACUUCGGCGCCGAUCGACAACGAGGAGGAAGAAAUUCACGAUAAGAAAGAUAUCAGAUAUCUAAAGGAAUUGAUUAAAAAUCUUGGUUGAUUA